AGCAGCCCCCGGAAGCCCUCCCUUCCCUCCCCGACGCCUUUCCGCUUCCGCGGGGCCGCCCCUUCCUUUCCGCCGCACCGCGCGCGAGGUGUCACCGGGCGAGAUGCAGAACGACGCCGGGGAGUUCGUGGACCUCUACGUGCCUCGCAAGUGCUCUGCUAGCAACCGAAUAAUCGGUGCCAAGGAUCAUGCUUCUAUUCAGAUAAACAUUUCUGAGGUUGACAAGGUAACGGGGAGAGUCAAUGGCCAGUUCAAAACAUACGCCAUUUGUGGAGCAAUCCGUAGGAUGGGGGAAUCAGACGACUCCAUUCUGCGUCUGGCAAAAAAUGAUGGAAUUGUUUCCAAGAAUUUCUAACAGAAGAAAGUGGUAUGGAACAUUUGAUAUAAAAUAAACAGUUCAAAUGUA